UACGCUGCCUCCCUGCGAAGCCUGAGGAUACGCCCUCUAGAGAGCCUGCCAUCUCUCUCCUUUCAGCUUCGAGCCCCUCUGUGCUCCGGGACAACUCCAGCCCAACAUUCUCUCGCUCUCGCUCUCGCUCUCGCUCUCGUUCUCGUUCUCUUCCCUUGGAGGACCUCGGCCCCGACACUGCCCCCUUUCCUGGAUGUAUUGGCCCCUCCCAACCCUAUAAAAUGUCCAAUAACCCACAGAAGGUCUUCUUGAAACCUACAGAGGAAAAGUCAGGCAACGCCUCGCAUUGUGUUUCAGGCUGCAUGUACCAAGUAGUUCAGACGAUUGGCUCGGAUGGAAAAAACCUCCUGCAAUUACUUCCAAUUCCUAAUUCCUCUGGAAAUCUUAUGCCACUAGUUCAAUCUUCAGUCAUGUCUGAUGCUUUGAAAGGGAAUACAGGAAGUCCAGUUCAAGUUACUUUUCAGACUCAGAUUUCCAGCUCUUCCACAAGUGCAUCAGUUCAAUUGCCCAUUUUUCAGCCAGCCAGUUCUUCAAACUAUUUUCUUACAAGAACAGUAGAUACAGCAGAAAAAGUUAGAGUUACUUCUGUGGGAACUGAAAAUUUUACUUCAUCAGUUUCUAAAGUUCAGAGUCAUGGUGUGAAAAUUGAUGGACUCACCAUGCAAACAUUUGCUGUUUCUCCCUCUUCAACACAAAAUGAUUCAUCUUACAUUUUAGUAAAUACCCAGAGUCUCCCAAUGACUGUGAAGUCUCCGGUUUUGCCUUCUGGGCAUCAUUUACAGAUUCCAGCCCAUGCUGAAGUGAAAUCUGUACCAGCGUCAUCAUUGCCUCCUUCAGUUCAGCAAAAGAUACUUGCAACUGCCACCACAAGUACCUCAGGAACAGUUGAGCCCUCCCAAAUACCUACUGUUAUUUAUGUAUCUCCUGUAAAUACAGUGAAAAAUGUAGUUACCAAGAACUUUCACAACAUUUACCCAAAACCUGUUACAGAAAUAGCAAAGCCAAUGAUACUAAACACCACACAGAUUCCAAUGAAUGUUGCUAAAGAGACACAGUUAAAAGGUGGUCAGCAUUCUCAAGUUGCUCCAGUGAAAUGGAUUUUUCAAGAAAAUCUACAGCCUUGCACUCCAUCUAUUGUUCCUGUUAAAUCUUCAAAUAAUGUGGCUUCAAAGAUUUUAAAAACUUUUGUAGAUAGAAAAAAUUUGGGAGAUAAUGCUGUAAAUAUGCCACCAUUGAGUACCAUCAGUCCUAGUGGGACACAAUCCAAAAGUAUGCCUAUUAAAGAUAAUGCUCUGGUUAUGUUUAAUGGGAAAGUCUAUCUCUUGGCUAAAAAGGGGACAGAUGUUUUGCCAUCAGUAAUUGACAAACAGAAUUCAGUUUCUUCUGAUAUUCCACCAAGAAAAGAUGCAUCACAGAUAGUGAGUUCAAGUCCAGUCACAGAAAUAUCCAGAGAGGUUGUAAAUAUUGUUUUGGCUAAAAAUAAAUCUUCCCAGAUGGAGACAAAAUCAGUUUCAAAUACUCAGCUUGCUUCCAUGGCCAAUUUAAGGGCAGAGAAGAAUAAGAAAGUGGAGAAACCAUCUCUUUCUGCCCCAAACCCACAUAGUAUGAACCAAUCUAUUAACUACUUAAAGCAGAGUAAGACUUUAUUCUCAAAGCCAGUCUUACCAGAUGGAUUUAGUACAGGACAAAAUGCCCCCAGGAAAGGAAAUAUCAUCCAGAGCAUAGAGAAAAUAAGUUCCUCUGUUGAUGCAACAACUGUUACUUCACAACAGUGUGUUUUCAGAGACCAAGAACCAAAGAUCCAGAAUGAGAUGGCAUCAACAUUAGAAAAAGUUACUCAAGAAAGAAAUGGCAAGAACAGUUCUCAACGAAGAAGCAAUAAGGCGUCAUAUCUGAAGAGUGAUGCUGAACUUAAAAAGAUAUUUGGUAUCACUAAAGAUCUGAGAGUGUGCCUUACUCGGAUUGCUCAGCAGUUGGGCUCUGGAGAAGGUUUUGAUUCCUUUAGCCCUUUGGUGAAGAGUGAAACUUACCAAGAGGCAGAGUUUAUAGUGAAGGAGGAAGGGAGAAAACAGCAGGGUAUUGAUAAGAAAAGAAAAGCAAAAACCACUAAGAAGAUGGAUCACCCAAAGAAGAGAAGGACCAAUAGUGUUAAUAACACAACUAUAAAUGGAGGAACUAAUGUCACCAGUUCCCAGCUCAUUAGCAGUAUUUUACCAGCUUCAGAUGUGUCAGACCAUAACAUCCUCACAAACUGCAACAAAACCAGAGAAGAAAAGAGAACUGAGGUAGAGCACUGUACUCAUGGAAACCAAGCAAAAGGCACAUUGAGCUCAAGUACAGCUUUUGAACAAAGCCAUUCCUUUAAUAAAAGUUAUACUGAAGAUAUUUUCCCAAUGACACCACCAGAGUUAGAAGAAACCAUUAGAGAUGAAAAGAUAAGAAGACUUAAGCAAGUGCUGAGAGAGAAAGAAGCUGCUCUUGAAGAAAUGCGUAAGAAGAUGCAUCAAAAAUAAUAAAAUGGCUGUUCUUAAAGGCAUCAGUGAAAUAGCUGUGUUUUUUCAUAUACUUUUGCAUUAAGUUGGACAUUCUGAAAGUGUUUUUGAAUGUAAAAGUUGUCUUUUCAUCAGCUGAUUGUAAAAUUUUAUGUAAGAAAUACAGAAAAGGUUAACUCACAUUUGACUUUUAUGAAUAACUCAUAGGAUAUAUGAAUCUUUGUCUAUAGAUACCUUUUUUUGGAAGGAAAAAUUUUCUAUUUUU